UCCCAUACUUAUUAUUAUCAAGAGGUCAAGUGUUUAGAAGCAUGUAUAAAUACAGCUUUGUUGAAGAGAUCAAGUAAACUGAAAAUAGCUGUGAUAGUGACCAGUACCAAAACUGCAUUACGAUGAAGUGGAUAGUGUUAACCGUUGUUGUACUUCUUGGUUUAGCCAGUGCAGAAGAAGUUUCUGAAAAGAGAGCAGUCCUCAGAAGAACCACCAGACAAGCCCUAGGAUCCAUGGGAGGUUCAUUUUUAGCACAAACUGAAAGGAAUAUUAUAAACAACUGUAAGAAAAAUGGACUAUCAGAUCAAGGCGCUGACGAUCUACAGGCUACAUACGCUAAAAUGAAGUCGUGCAUGUCCGGCACAAAAAUUUUUGAAACUCCUAGAAAUGAAUUUAUUAGCAAAAUGGAAGAUUGCAGUCGUGACGCAAUUAAAGAAACUAAAUCUUGUUUGGCUAACAACCAAAAAUAUUUCCCAGAAUUCGUCUUGGAUCUUGCAAAAUCGAUGGUUAAAUAUAUGUACGAUGACAAAGAUCUAUUUAGAGAUUCAGAAAUUGUCGGUUGCAUAAAUAACUUGGGAAGGUACACAGUACAAGUUGAGUAUAUUAGAUGUUUAACCACCGUAUCUCAAAAAACUGGAGACGAUGAAAAUAUUCCUACAUCUAGGGCAGAAUUUUGCAGAAAAUUCGUACCAGCAACCGAAUGUUUCCCAGACACUAUUAAACAGCACUGUGUAAAUACUGCAAAGGUCAACAAGUUCUUCAGCGACUACAGUAAUGCUAUCGAGACUCCAUGUCAAGAUUCUGUUAAAGAAUCUAACUACCUUUAAAUCCAGUCUGAAUUUAUGUGAUGGUUAUUUUAAAAUUUUAAAAACGUAAUAAAAAUUAUAAAACCA